AUGAUGUCCGGUCUUUCUAUGGCUAAGCGGAAGCCUCCACCACCAAGAUUGAAUCUCAACGUGGAUCAUCAACUUCAAAGACGGCAACAACCUGGACCCCCGCCGCCGAUUCCAGAUCCGCUCGCUCCUCUACCUCCUCCUCCCGGUCCUCCGCCCCCUCCACUUUCACCUGGACCGCCCCCGCCUCCGCUUGAACCCCGUCCUCCGUCCCCGCCUCCACCUCCUCCUGAGGAACUCGUCCCUCCUCCUCCACCUCCUCCUGAGGAACUCGUCCCCCCCCCUCCUCCUGGAACACCCCGUCCACCCUCACCACCGCCGCCUCGUCCACCCUCACCACCACCACCUCGUCCGCCCUCGCCACGACCACCUCCACCUCCACCUCCACCUCCACCUCCACCUCCACCUCCGCCACCGCCGCCGCCGCCGCCUCCGGUGUAUGUGCCAGUUCCAGUUCCGACAACAGUGUUUAUUACUACAACUGUCUAUGCGACGCCUUCGGCCACAGCUGCUCCCAACGCACAGCCACUUACUCGCCUGGAUCCCGCACAAACUGUUUACAUCACCCUCACGCCUCAGAUCUUGACGGUGGGUGCUGGCAUGGUUCCUAUUCCAACCGACGACCUCAGAAAUGCCGGUGGCUCUAGAAGGCUUCAGCCGUCUGUAGUCGACAUCGGCUUCAAUCAAUCCUUCAUCGUUAUAUCCAGUGAAGCUAUCUUCGGUGGCAACUUGGCUCUUGAUAAUGGCGGUUAUGGCGUUGUGGCGCCGAGCCAGGCGACCUCAGAAGAUAGACGACGUUUGACUCACGACGUUUGA